UCGGGCUGAGUCCGGUGGUUGCGUGCGUGGUGUGUGUGUGUGUGUUUGUGAGCACAUUUUGCCUUCUGUCGAUCCUCUCGAAUUCAUGCUAAAAUACUGCACCUUCUCAACAGUGAAGUGGCGGGGCAAGAGGAAAGGGGGGUCUUGUUUUUGGGAAACACACGCGGGAAGAAGUGCUUGCCGAGUCAGCCAGAGCCAUGGGUUUCCGUAAGAAGAACAAGAGCCCGCCGGUACUGAGCCACGAGUUCGUGAUCCAGAACCACGCGGAUAUGGUGUCGUGCGUGGCCAUGAUCAUUCUGCUGGGACUCAUGUUUGAGGUAACAGCAAAAUAUGCCAUCAUGUUUAUUACUGUCCAAUACAAUGUGACAUACACGCUUGAUGACAGACCUGAGCCUGUCAAUUUCUAUAAGUAUGGACCAAAAGAUAUGGCUACAGUUUUCUUCUAUGUCCUGAUUGCAAUCAUUCUUCAUGCCUUGAUCCAGGAGUACAUUCUCGAUAAAAUAAACCGACGGCUUCACUUAUCAAAAACUAAGCACAGCAAAUUCAAUGAAUCUGGACAACUGGCUGCCUUCUACUUAUUCUCCUUUAUCUGGGGAGCGAGCAUCCUGACCGCAGAGGAAUUUGCAACAAAUCCCACUUACUUGUGGGAGGGCUAUCCUCACAACCAUAUGUUUUUUCAGGUGAAAUUCUUCUACAUUUGCCAGCUGGCCUACUGGCUUCAUGCACUGCCAGAGCUGUACUUUCAGAAAGUGCGAAAGGAGGAUAUACCUCGUCAACUCAAUUAUAUUUGCCUUUAUAUAUUUCACAUUGCUGGUGCCUAUAUUUUAAAUCUUCACCGUCUUGGCCUGAUUUUACUGGUGCCACACUACUUGGUUGAGCUCCUGUUUCAUGCCUCUCGACUCUUCUACUUCAGCGAUGAAAACAAGCAAAAGGGGUUCACUCUGUGGGCCCUGCUGUUUGUCAUCGCUCGUCUCCUCACCCUCACGCUCUCUGUCCUCACAUUUGGCUUUGGCUUGGCACGGACAGAAAAUCAGGGCUUCUCCAUAGCAGACGGAAACUUCAACAUCCUGACUGUCAGAAUUAGCUGUUUGGCUGCUAUCUGUCUAACACAGGCCUGGAUGAUGUGGAAGUUCAUCAAUUUCCAGUUAAAGAAAUGGAGAGAACAUAGCCAGAACCAAGCCACAAAAAAGAGAGUGACCAGUCCAAAGAGCAGACCUUCUAAAAAGGAAUUAAGCAGAGGAAAUGCAGUGAAUGGAGUCAUGAAAUUAGAGGAAAGAACGUCACCCCGUGCAAAAAAGCCCAAAGCAUCGUAAAAGCAUUUCCUUUCAUGACCGAGAGAUAGAGAGCUGAAAUAGCAGCAUGCUGUCCUCUCUCACACUAAAUGUUACCACCUUGUUACUCGCUCUGAAAAGAACUUAGGUCAGUGGCAUCCAGAAAUUAUAUUGGGGAACUUUUGUGGUAAAACAGAAAAGCAUUUCAUGUGUUUUGGAUACUUUUUAAAUAGACCUUUAUUGUUCAGAUUUCUCUCAAGGUUUUGUUAUUUAUGCAUUAGUGUGCAUAUCGUACUCUGGUUUCAGAGUGCAUUAUGAUCGAAGGUUGGAGCUAAUAGUGCUUUAAAAACAAGGUGCCUGUGAACUCUGCCAUUAGCAGCGGUCCCUUGUUGGGCAUUACCAGGGAAGGACUGCCUUCGCCAAGCAUAGAUGUGAACAUCAGGCAGUGAAGCUUAGAAUGAUUGUUUAUUUUACCUUUUAGUUAACAGUCAUCUUUUAAUUCCACUAAUACAUUUGAAAAAGAUAAAAAGAUCAUUUGUGGAAUUCAUCAAGGUCGUUAAGAGCAGUGAUUUCUGAGCUCAUGUUGUGCAAACAUGGGUGGCUGACACCUUACAGCUGUAGAUCAGAAUACCUUCCUGCAAAUGGUGAUUUGCUGUUUUUAAUAGUAAAGAGGAGAAAAAUAAAGGAAUGGUGUCCUCAUAUCAAGCAGCUUUACAAUACGCAAAGCCUUUUAGGGUGUAAAUGGCUUGAUAUUGACAAAAGUCUCAUUUGGAGACUUCAGAUGCCCAGAGUGGAAAGUUCAAAGGGGUCAGACAAAAAAGAUCAGUGAGGGCUCUGAAACGUGUGAGCCAUCCAGAGCUAGAUUAGUAAUGUAGAUUCUAGUUUAAAUUAGAUUUUACAUUAGAAUGUGUUUGUCAGAGACGCAUUGCAUCAAGAUGAGUAACUGAACAUAAGGAUCCUUAGAAAAGCAGAGAUCCUGACCAGACAGUAAUGCUGUGAAGAAGUAUGUAGUACAUGGUACUACAAGCGUUUUAGUGGCCUUUAUAAUGUCCUGGGGAUUUCUUUGCGUGCUCUGCCCAAGUCAAACUGCAUUGGUCGGCAGUGCAAAGCAACUUAGAAUAUGAUCCAAACAGUUCUUAAAGUGUCCUUAUAUGAAUUAAUCAUCAGUCUUUUGAUUUUGGCUUUUCAAGGUGUGAACUAUUCAGGUGCUGCCUCCUGAAUGACAGACUUAAGUGUUCGUCCUCGCAAACAUUGGGAAUGCUCUCUGUGUAUGUACGUGUGGGUUACUGUGUGUAUGGGUAGUGCUUUAUGUUAGGUGCAUGGAAUCGUGUGUCUGUCUCAGCUUUUAACGAUUACAUCAAUGGGUGUAAAACAGAGAGAACCAGUAUAAUCUAGUUUGUCAGCCUUUUUUUUCUUGAAGUGUUGUUCAUGCUUGUGGGGAUACAUUUGUAACAAGCUGCACAGUUUUUUUUUUAAUUCUUUUAAUUUUGACUGCAAACACAAGUGUUUUGUUUGGUUGGUUCCUGCAAAAAGAAAAAAAUAAUCCGUGUGAGAGCUGUGAUGUGUAAUGGUGCUGUCUGAAAUAAACUAAACGUCAAGACUUUCUCCACCUUCCCCGUGAUCUUGAUAUUGCCAUUUGCAAAGAAUGAGUCUCAAAAAGAUGACUUUCUCUCAGGUCAUACAUUAUGACCCUUCCAAAGCACCCUCAUCAAAAAUUUGGUCUUUACUCAUAAUCAAAGCUGUUAAACGUUAAAUCUGAUCAGCUUUUUGUUUCCACUUAUAAGCAAAGAGCCAGAUCGUCACUGACCUGCCUUUGCUCAUGAAUUCAUGUUUACUGGUCAAGUCGGUAAAAAAGCACAUCUCAUAGCUCCCUGCUGGAUACAGUAGAAGUGGAAGUAGAAGUAUAGAAGUGGAAGUAAAUUGAUCCAGUGCACAAUGUAUUAAAGUUGCAAUUUCUAGCCUUCUAGGAUCAAAUAGUAAUCUCUCCCUAAAAUGAACGUGUCCUUUCCUAUUCAUACAGAAAUUAAUGUAGAAGAACUAUAUCAUGUGUUAACGUGUGUAAAAUUAAUGUAGAUCUUUUUUUUUUAAUUCGGAAGAGGGCUGUCUUGUUUGUGGUUUCCAGUAAUCAGACACAAAGCAGGGGAAUUUCCAGAGGUGAGCUAGCCCAGAAGUGAACGCUAGGUGGAGACGAGUUGCAAUAGUUUGACCUGACGCAGAGAACAGGUUUAUGACGCAAUAAAAUCACUUCUGUGGGUUCAAAGAAGCCCUUUGCUAGUCAUUUCUUUUACUUUAAUGGUACAUUUGAUAUGACAUACAGGUAAAUGUUGGAUAUGCUUCUUUGAGAUAUAUUUAUUUCAGUAUAUCGCACUUAUCACUACAAAUUCACAGUGAUAUAUUCCUAAUGGGUUAAAAAUUGAAUAAUGAAUUAAUAAAAAGUGAAUACAGAUUUACCAUUUGUGAAAAACCUUUAAUACAAAUUAUCAGACUUUUAAAUUUGAUAAAGUUUAAUCUUAAUGUUUAUCGAGGUGGCUUCUACAGCUUGUUCUACCUCAUGGAUAUUUCUCAAACAAAGGAAAAGUGGAAACUUUAUUUGGCACAGCCCUCCUGUGCAUUAAGCAUUAAGACAUUUCUUUGUGAUCUGUUCUGUUUAGCUAAUCACUCAUACCCGCAAUAUCCCGCAAUUAGUUCACAAUUUAGAAAUAAACAAGUACUAAUUAACGAUAAGUAAUAAUAUAAUAUUAUGGAAUAGAAUAGAUCUUUAGUAUAGAAUAGCUUUUCCAAAUACAAAAAAUACACACAAGGCUACUGUAAGAUUAAUGGAGCAUAAAAAUGUGCAACCUCCUAAUCUGAGCAGAUAUUUUAGCUAGAUGAGCUCAGUUGGGUAGAUGUGUGUUGCUGAUUAAUAACCUUUUCUUAAACCUCGGCAGCAGCCAUGUUGUUGAUUUUGAUUCACAGGCUUCUUUCAAGAAAUACCUGAAUGACAACCUUGGAGCACUUUGAUGAUGAUGAUGAUGAUGAUUUCCGAGUACUUAAAUAAAACUCCAUAAAAAAACAGAAUCAGAAAAUUAGGGAUAUUAAAAAGGUUACAAGUGUUAGUAUACCAUUUAGCUCAUUUGGUAGUAACUGCUGAUUUCAGCAUCUUAACUAGAUGUUUCUUGAAAGAAGAAACCAGGGUUUCAACAGCUUGGCUGGGUAGCUUGUUCCCUAUUCCCACAACCCUUGGUGUAAAGAAGUGCCUCCUGUUUUUAGAUUCAAAAGGCUAGGGAGUUGCCUGCCCCUGUCACAGUUUGGUCUAGUUAUUGGCAGUUCUCCUUUCUUUUGCCGCCUUUUGUGAAUUUACAACUUUGACCUGUAUAAGGCCAAUUUUAAGAAAGUAAACUCAUUUUGUAACUGGACAACAAAUUGCAGUAUCCACUAAAAAUUGUAAAAAGGUCUGUCAUAACGAGCUGACCAAUUUAUUUUUCUGGGGCUUUGUAAGUGUUCUAAACUUUAUUAAUAAGUGUUUUAUUUGUAUUUCUUGAUAGCUAUUUAUUUGAUGUUGUUUGGUCAUGAUAAUAUUCUUCUGUAUUGUUUUCUGUUUUAGAACAAGCUGUUUAAUCUCAACCCCUUUUCCAAAGUGUUGUAGCGGUCUUUCACACUAGUGUUCCUCUGAAGGGGGCAUACUGCAUAUCAAGGAUGUCCAGGGUGUUGUGUUGAGGUAACAACAGGGUGGUUCUUGUGGUGGUUAUUAAGGAGGGGAUGGCCUGGGACUCUCUGAUGGUCAAAGAGAAAUAUUCACAUCAAAACAUUACUGCAUUAUCUUUUUUCAACUGUUUUUAUACAGAGAAACGACGGUGUCCAUCAUAAUAAUUUUACUGCCUUACAGGUUUAAAUAUUGUUUAAAAUAAGCAAGCAUACUAUUGUAGGUCCGCAAGAAUGGGUCCAAAUGGCUAAAAAUCAAAUAAGGGGCUUCUACAUUUAACUUGAAUUUUAAAGUGAAAGUGAAACAUGAUUUGUUACCAGAAAUAAAGACUAGUAGGUUUGGUCUUAUUUAUGAGAGGUGUUGAACAGUUUAAGUGUUACCCAGAGGCUUACAAACAAACCUGCUCCAAUGUUUUUCUUUACAUCUUUUCAGUUUAGCUUACAUUGUGAAGAAGGGAUUGUGGCAAGAAUAUGGAUUUAUUUUUGUAAUAAAGUAGAAAUAAAAUCAUUAGGGGUAAGUUAGGGUCCGCAAGACUUUAAAGUGAUUGAAUGUUACCUUUUAUUUGCACCUGUAGUAUAAGUUUGAACCACACAAGGUAGCACAACAUUUUAUUUAGAGUUUUAAUUACUUUGAUUUAGCUAAUGUUAGAAAAGUCCUGGAAUUCUAAUAAUAUUGUACUUAACAAUUUGAAGCAUGAUUGCAAACCUUUAAUGGUGAAAUUCUAUUAAUUUCUUUUUUCACAAGCUAGACACUUUCAGAUGGAAGUAUUUCUGCCAAAAAAAAACACCACUUUGGACUAAAUGUGUACAUGAAAAUCAGUUGGAUUUAUUUUUGUUACUGUAAUAUUUUAUUGCCCAGCACUGUUGUUAGUUGCUUGCUUAGAUGUUCAAAUAUAAAGCUUUUAUAAAGGUGUUGACUCUGAUAUGUUCUGGAGAUAUCUUUGUAUGUGUUUAUGCAAGUCUUUGUGAUUUUUAGUUCCAAUAAACCUUUGUUGAUCAACCAAAA